UCUCCUGUCAUUCAUUGUUGCAUUUUGGUUUUUGACCUGAGAUUCAGAUUUCGCUUUUAAUUUUGAAGUAAAUUACGAGUAGGUAAUAAUGCCUGUUCCUGGAGGUGUUUAUCAAAGUCAAGGACCCUCGUGUUUUGAUAAAAUGAAAAUGGGAUUCAUGAUAGGAUUUUGCGUGGGAAUGGCUAGUGGAGGUCUCUUCGGUGGCUUCACUGCUUUGAGAUAUGGAGCAAGAGGGCGCGAAUUAGUUCAUUCUGUUGGAAAAGUUAUGCUUCAAGGUGGAGGAACAUUUGGAACAUUUAUGGCUAUUGGAACCGGAAUACGUUGUUGAAAGUAUAUGGUUUUGUACUUUGUAAAUACUUUAAUUUAAACUUUGUAGUACCUACUCAAAAUGUUAUUUUAUUUAAAAAUAUUGGGGGUAUUUAGGGCUUUCAUUAUGUAAUAUGAGAACCUAACUUAGUUCAACUGCAUAAAAUUUUCUUCUGACAAACAUUUACGUACUGCCCAAAUUAGCUAUCAAUGUUACUUACUAUGUCAAUGUAGAAAGGAAUUUAAGAUUAGGAAUUUAAAUUGUGAAAAUCUAUGAAAACUAAUGAACAGAAAAUGCUAAUAUGAUAAUUUAGUGAUUUCUAGUAUGAAGAUUUCAUUUGAAUUACAAACAACUUUAAAUAAACAAAGAUGAAGGAUU